AAACCAAGUUUCCACUAUGAUGCCCAGGCACAGGGAGCUGCUGGCCCAGUGCCAACAUGACCUAGAGAUGCUACCCAGCCAAGGGGAUGGAGGAUUCCAGGAGCAGGGAUGAGCUGGAGAAAGGAGGCAGUGGCGGGAGGGGGUCUCUCUGCCCUGGCGUCCUCCCCACCCUUUCCCUGAGGACUUCUUCUGGAGCGCAGCGCCUGGCGCCCAACACGAUCAUGAAGGGAUCCUGGUCCUGAGAUCUGCCGCAAAGCACUAUGAUCCGCAAGAAGGGAACUGGGCAUUUUGCUCCGGACAACGGAUUGCUCCUUCGCACAGAGAAAAGUCCCUCGGGCCUCCUUGGUGACAUAAGUACCCUGCCAAAUGGAGGGGGCAUGGACAGCUUUGAUACAGAUGAUGAUGAUGAUGACAACCCCAUUUGUGUUUAUGGCAAUGAUGGCUUUGAUGACACAAGUGCUGCCAGUGGUAACUACUUCAAAGAUGGGAGAAACAAGAUCGACUUUGUGCUUGUUUGGGAAGAGAAGUUACGCCCCUCAAAAAAGAGGAGAAGCAAGCAGCCACACCAUGACAGAGACAGGGCAGCAAGCCGGGCAGGUGGCUGGGAACAGGUCCAAAGGCAACGUGAGAGAUGGAAGAGAAAGUUCCUCAAGAACCUACAGAAUGCAGGACUCUUGAUGGAGAAAGAGGAGACCCUGAGUGAGCACAAGAGCAUUCACUACUUGAAGCUGAGUGCUCCCUGGGAAGUGCUGGUGUAUUAUGCGGAAGAGCUCUGCAUGCGGGCACCUCUCCAGGCCCAUCCCAAUCCAGACAGGAACAGCUCAGCAGACUUGCUCCGCAAGCUACACAUCCCCAACGUUAUGGACCAGAGGGUGCCCAAGAAACCUGUGGACUACUACACCUGUGCCUUUCGCAAGUCAAAGCUUGACAGGUUCCUGGGUAGUGAUGCACGAGACUCUUACUUCACCAACACACAAAGGCAUCGCAUUGUGUACGAGAUCUUGGCUCAGACCAUCUACGGGAAGCGGAAGCAUGCUGAAAUUGGGAUUGACCGACUGCUGAAUGAGGGCGUGUAUUCUGCAGCCUUCCCACUGCAUGAGGGCCCCUUUGAGCUGCCCAACUAUGAGGUGCUGGAUGACGUGCUGAACCCCCGGCAGAUCCUGUUCCGCUUCUGGGCCCAGUGGCGAUGCUGGUACAAAUAUCAGCCCCUGGACCACAUCCGGGAGUAUUUUGGAGAGAAAGUGGCCAUCUACUUUGCCUGGCUGGGCUUCUACACAGCUUGGCUGCUCCCGGCUGCAGCUGUUGGCACAUUUGUCUUCCUGGCCGGCCUCUUCACUAUGGGGACAGACAUGCCCGCGCAAGAAAUCUGCGACAGUGGGGUGCAGUACCUCAUGUGCCCCCUCUGCGACACCUGUGGCAACUGGAACCUCUCUGAGAUCUGCUCCAUGGUGAAGGUGGGAUACCUCUUUGACCAUCCAGGGACUGUCUUCUUCAGCAUCUUUAUGUCCUUCUGGGCUGUGAGCUUCCUGGAGUACUGGAAGCGGAAAAAUGCCACACUGGCCCACCACUGGGACUGCAUGGAUUUCCAAGAGGAGGAGGAGCGGCCCCGGCCUGAGUUUGCUGCCCGGGCUCCUUGCAUGGAGCAGAACCCUGUCACUGGGCUGAAAGAGCCCCAUUUCCCUGAGCGUGACCGGCUCUCACGCAUCCUGACUGGAUCCAUGGCCAUCAUCAUCAUGCUCUGUGUGGUGAUGAUCUUCCUGGUGUCGGUGAUCAUGUACCGUGGGAUUGUCAGCACCAUGAUGUACCACACGGGGAAUACCGUCCUGAUGACCCAGGCAGGAAACAUCGCCAACAUCAGCAGCUCCAUGGUCAACCUGGCACUCAUUCUCCUCAUGAGCCAAGUCUAUACCUCUCUGGCUGAGAAGCUCACCAAGUGGGAGAUGCACCGGACUCAGACACAGCAUGAAGAUGCCUUCACCUUCAAAGUCUUCAUCUUCCAGUUCGUUAAUUUCUACUCCUCCCCUUUCUAUGUGGCUUUCUUCAAAGGCAGCAGGUUUGUGGGCUAUCCUGGUCAAUAUGGAAAACUCCUGGGCAUGAGGAACGAAGAUUGUGGUCCUGGUGGAUGCCUCAUUGAACUGGCCCAGCAACUUUUCAUCAUCAUGGUUGGCAAGCAGAUUGUCAGCAAUAUCCAAGAGUUCCUUGUGCCCAAGCUCAAGGCCUGGCACCAAAAAAGGAAACUGGCCCAGGUGCGAGGUGCCCAAAUCUGUCAGGAGCCCAAGCGCUGGGAGGAGGACUAUGAGCUGAUUGAGUGUGAAGGCCUCUUUGAGGAAUACCUGGAGAUGGUGCUGCAGUUUGGUUUCAUAACUAUUUUUGUGGCUGCCUUCCCACUAGCUCCACUAUUUGCACUACUCAAUAACUGGGUGGAGAUCCGCCUGGACGCCCAGAAAUUUGUCUGUGAAUACCGCCGUCCAGUGGCAGAGCGAGCUCAGGACAUUGGUGUCUGGUUCUUCAUCCUGGAUGUCCUAGCACAACUCUCUGUCAUUGUCAAUGCCUUCCUCAUUGCCUUCACCUCUGAAUUCCUGCCACGUCUCCUCUACCAAUAUGAGUAUGACAGCCACCUCCAUGGCUAUGUGAACUUUACCCUGGCCUAUUCCCCACCCAGCUAUGUGGACAGCAACCACACCAUGUGCCGGUACAAGGCCUUCCGCGAUGCCCACGGGAGCUACACCCUCUUCUACUGGAAGCUGCUGGCCAUUCGCUUAGGCUUCAUCAUUGCCUUUGAGGUUCCUGAUGUCCCUGCAUCCCUAGAGGUGAAGAUCAAGCGUGAGCGCUACCUGGCCAAGCAGGCAUUGGCUGACAACCAGGACGUGCUGCUGACGGUGAGUUGCGACUCUUCUCCCUCACCAGCAAGCUGCUUUUUACCCAGCAGCAUGAUCUAGCAAGGCUGGAAACAGACACCACCAGAUUCCUUCCCACUGUGGACUGCACAGACCUGGGCUCUGCACUAUGGUGAGGCAAAUCCCAGAAGGCAAGAGAGAUGCGGAGGAACUCCCAGCCCUGCAUUAGACCUUUAAGGAAGUAAAGGCACAUUAUGGACACCCUGUUUGCAGAUCCCUGUCAGCCAUUUGACACUCCCACACACACACACACAUGUAGAGCAAGGGCUGCACUGCUCCCUGGCUGUUUUGCGACCCUGACUCAUUUUCUUCCCCUUCCUCUCUUUCUUCAUCCACCUGGAAGAAACAGCACAGGGCCCUGGGAAGGCAUUUGUGAACCACUCCCUAAUUUAAAAAAAACUCUCUGUGGAUUCUCUCCUGUUUCCCUCACUAUCCUUCUCUGUAGUCUGGGACAAAGAGAUAAGAAGGGUUGGUGCUUCCAAGGUCACAUAAGCCAAUUUUGCUUCCAUGCCAGUCCCCCAAGUGUUACCUAGAAUGGCUGGCUCAGCUCACAGAAGCCUUGAUAUGGGGCAACAGUGAAUAAUUCAGCAGCAGUGGCUUGUGGUCCAGGUUUGCCACUGAGGCCCUCCGGAUAGCGUUUAACCACGACCAGUUUCUCUGAGUUCCUCUGGGGACAUUGCACUGGGCGCCCUGGUGUUCACACCAUCAUAUGCUUGGUUUGUAAUACACAUUUUUAAAAUGUCCAGAACAUGCUUUCAGUCCAUCUGGCAGAGCAGAAAAUGCCCUUUGCACAUGCAACUUAAGGCCAGUGUAUUUCUGCUUCCUCCCCUUGCUUGGCCUCUGAAAGUCUUCCAGUCUUCUCUUAAAAUGCAUGUAAGAGAUGGAGUGUCCUGUGCCAAACUUGAAACUGGCCGAACAGUAUUCUGUGAUAAGUGUUCAAACAGGUGCACAUACAAUGCAAUCGUGGGGCUGGCUGGUGCUGCUGGAAACCCAAAGGGAGCAGCUUACAAAGAUUAACAAGACAGUCCCUGCCUCUUCAGGUUGCCAUUUAAAAGGCAUAACGCAAAAGGAAAAGGGAUUGGGACAAGGGAGGAAAGCAAAAACAAAAAUUGGGCACCACUUCUUAGCUUCAAAGUUCCUCUAGGUUUUCUUUCUGGCAUGACAUGUGCUGCUUUGAAGGGUUGUAGAAAAAUCCGAAUGGGGAAAGGCUUUUCAAAGAUAGUCUUUAUGCUGUUCCUGCCUUGCAAAUGAGCAGGGUUUAACUUCCAGGGGUCCAGCCCAUUUGUGCAAAAUCCACCCAUCUCUGAGACCUGAGUCCAAGUCAUAACUGAGCCUGUUCAAACUGUUCUAGCUGGGAACGGAGGGACUCUGGAGAUUAUAGAAGAGAUGGGGUACCUUCUCCCCAUGUUUCACUGCUGCUUCUGCAAGAAUAGGUAGAGUCCAGCAUGCUGCCCUUCCCCGGAUGCUGAUCUUCCUGGCAUGUUCUUUGCUGAAAGCUGGCUUUUGAUGUAGCCAUGAUCAACUGUGUAGGGCAGUGAAUAAAAAUGUGCAAUGGC